GUCGAGCAUUCCCGCGGUGCUUUUAAUGUCCGAGCACUCACCGGAAGUUGCGUGUGUGGACAACUUGGCUUGACGAGGGAGGACCGGAGGAGGAGAGGACGGCCUGGGCGACAUUCGCACAUUGUUCGUAAAGUCGCGGAAUGGCGUGGACUUAUUGUUGCCUACGUGUGAAUAUUCACCUCCCCAGUCCGAUUGUAUGAAAGGUUGGCCCAGUGUGCGCCAGCGUCUCUGGUGAUGAUGAUGAUGAUAAUGAUGAUGAUGGCGUGAACACGAGCAGAGCGGACGCAGGAAGCUGGAACCACACCCGACCGCAAUUGCUCCUGUGAUCUGGAGACAAGAAUGGACCUUUUUUCCUAGACGCCAUCAUUGUCUUCUUAUCCUCCUCCUACUACUGGUACUACUACUGGUGUACUGUUGCUGUCGUCACGACAACACACCGGCCAUGGCGCUCCGGUGGAUGCUCCCGGUGUGCACGCUGACGGCGUGCGUCGCCAUUCCCAUGGACGCGGCGGCCGGGAGCCACAACCUGUUCACCUGCGAGCCCAUCACCCUGCGGAUGUGCCAAGGGCUGGCCUACAAUUCCACCUUCAUGCCCAACGUGCUGAACCACUACGACCAGCAAACGGCUGCUCUCGCCAUGGAGCCGUUCCACCCCAUGGUCAACUUGCAGUGCAGCGCCCAGCUCAGGAUGUUCCUGUGCGCCCUCUACGCGCCCGUGUGCACCGAGUAUGGCCGUGUGACGCUGCCGUGCCGCCGACUGUGUCUGCAGGCCAAGAGCGACUGCUACAAGCUGAUGGACAUGUUUGGCGUCAGCUGGCCUGAGGAGAUGGACUGCAGCAGGUUCCCAGACUGUGACGAUCCUUACCCUCGUCCAGUGGACCUGCUGUCCCAUGCAGAUACCACCGAGCCUCCGGUCCCAGUUCAGCGGGACUACGGCUUCUGGUGCCCCCGAGAGCUCAAAGUGGACCCGGAACUGGGCUACUCCUUCAUGGGGGUCCGCGACUGCUCGCCGCCGUGUCCCAACAUGUACUUCACACGCCAGGAGCUGACCUUCGCCCGCUACUUGAUCGGCGUGGUGUCCAUCGUGUGUCUCUCCGCCACCCUCUUCACCUUCCUCACCUUCCUCAUCGACGUGUCGCGCUUCCGCUACCCGGAGAGGCCCAUCAUCUUCUACGCCGUGUGCUACAUGAUGGUGUCCCUCAUGUUCUUCCUGGGCUUCCUGCUGGAGGACCGAGUGUCCUGUAACGCCGCCGUGCCCGGGAGGUUUCGGGCUUCCACGGUGACUCAAGGCUCGCAUAAUAAGGCCUGCACGCUUGUCUUCAUGGUGCUCUACUUCUUCACCAUGGCGGGCAGCGUCUGGUGGGUCAUCCUCACCAUCACCUGGUUCCUGGCCGCCGUGCCCAAGUGGGGCAGCGAGGCCAUCGAGAAGAAGGCUCUGGUCUUCCACGCCUGCGCCUGGGGCGUCCCCGGCGUCCUCACCGUCAGCCUGCUGGCCAUGAACAAGAUCGAGGGCGACGGCGUCAGCGGCGUCUGCUUCGUGGGUCUCUACAACCUGGCGGCGCUGCGCUGGUUCCUGCUGGCGCCGCUGGGCGUGGACGUGGCGGUGGGCGUGGUGCUGCUGCUGGCGGGAAUAGCGGCUCUGAACCGAGUGCGCAUGGAGAUCCCUCUGGAGAAGGAGAACCAGGACAAACUGGUCAAGUUCAUGAUCCGCAUCGCCGUCUUCUCCGCCCUCUACCUGCUGCCUCUGCUGACCGUGUUGGUGUGCUACCUGUACGAGAGCAGCCAGCGCGCCGCCUGGGAGAGCAGCUGGGUGCAGGACAGGUGCCGGCACUACCACAUCCCGUGUCCCCACCAGGUGGAGCAGAGCAGCGGUCCUAACCUCACACUCUUCCUCCUGAAAUAUGUCAUGAUGCUGAUUGUUGGAAUCCCUUCUAUAUUUUGGGUUGGCAGCAAGAAAACUUGUUACGAAUGGAUCAGCUUCUUCCAUGGCAACAAACACAAGUCCAAGGUGAAGGAGAGUCUUCAGGUCCUCCAUCAGCCCGACUUCACUCAGCUGCUGCUCGGAGAUCCUCGCACGUCCAUCGUGAGGAAGUCUCGAGGGACGUCCACCCAGGGCACCUCCACCCACGCGUCCUCCGCCCACCUGUCUUCCGCCCACCUCUCCUGCGCCCACCUGGCCGCCGUGGACCAGCCGCCCAGUGGCAGCACCAGCAGGGCGGCGUCGGUCCUCAGCGCCGGCUCCAAGAGGAGCAGUUCUCACAGCAGCUUGCAGCGCUCGCCACUCGGCAGAUACACGACGUCCAACUCCCCUCAUGCUGAGGACCAGGUCCCCCACCUGGAUGAUCCGGCUCAGUCCAGACACGGCAGCGCCAAUCGCCUGGACAGCUUAUCGCGGCACAGCUCCGCCCACAGACUGGGGAGCCAAUCACGGCACAGCAGUGCCAGGGACCUAAGCUCCGCCCCCCAAAUGAUGCUGGGGGGGCCAGGAAAUGGAAUCCACAAAGUGCUGGAGGAGUGCACUUCUUUGACGCCUUGAAGGAACACUUAGAAGUCUGCAGCCACUGAGCCAAUCACGUGGCCCCGUUUCAACGGCCAAUCAAAAUGAGCGAGCCAAAGACUCAAUUUUUUUUUUUUUUUUUAAACUCCUUCUUGGUUUACGUCAUCAGACUCGUUGUGUGCAGCGACUUUACGAGCAGAACUCCAAACACUAAAGCAGUUUUUACCCAAAAAAUGAUUUGCAAGUGAAACUAUUUUUCUUCAAUUGAAAAACAAUUUGCAAGUGAAACAACUAAAAUUCUUCAAAUAGAAAUAUUUGCCACCUGGUCGUGCUGGAGGAGUCCUAAUGAUCUUAGCAGCACCCGAGGCAGGGCUUGAUAGGUGCGGGUGUGGCCCGGCCAGGCUCAGCCCAAAGAGGCAAUGUAGUAGAUGUUGACUGCUUUGUGAGACAGGACCUUUAGGGGGCCGAUUCUUGGCUCCAUAAGCUUGCUCUUGGGACGUCACCUUGCUGGGGGGAAGGAGCCUGAGUUGAUGUGCAAGGUGGAGAAGUUCUAGUCGGACUCACUUGGACGCACAAAAGGGCUCUGGAAGCAGUUCUCUCCAGAGGGACUGGACUCUCUUCCACUCUGGCGUUGCACACAGUGAGAGGCGAUGGGGCUGGUGUGGUCAUUCUUGUUGCCCCCCGCCUCAAAACUUGCACGUUGGAGGCGAGAAGGCAGCUUCCCUCCGCCUGCAGGUGGGUGGGGGGGGGGACGGGUCCUGACUGCUGUUUGUGAUUACGCACCAAACAGCAGUUCAGAAUUCCCGCCCUUUUUGGAGUCCCUGGAGGGAGUACUGGAGAGUGCUGCCUCAAGGGCCAUGGAAUCUCCCGGGAGGAGCUGGACCAAGGGAAGUCUGGGCUUCUCUGCUUAGGCUGCUGCCCCCGUGACCCGACCUCGGAUAAGUGGGAAGAGAGGUGGAUGAAUUCGUAAGUAAAAGAAAAAUUUCAAGCCGAAUAAGGAUUCACAAGUACACUUUUUUUUUUCUGCAAGGGUGUAAAAAAAAUGGCAGACAGAAGAGAAGGGAAACAAGCUCAACCUGUAAGUUAACCUGUAAGCGGAAUGUUGCCAACAGUUUUUACUCACAGAACAUUUUUAUACUUGCAAGUGCUUUUUUUUCUACUUGUAAAUCAUUUUUUAAAUUGAAUUGUGCUUUACUUAUGCAUCUGUUUUUUUUUUUUAAUUGAAAAUAUUUUUUAUUCUUGCAAAGGGUGAGUAGAAACAUGUUUAGGCCAACAGAAACCUCAUGUGGUUUCUUAGCGCUCACGAAUACAAACAACUUUAUUAGGAACAAAAGCAGUCAGUUUCUUGUGAAAUGUAUUUUUGAAUAAAGGUGAAAAUAAGGACACACAGGCGUCUCCUUGGUAACAGCCCUCCGCUUUAUUGAAAUACAUCGGAGUUGGUAAAUA